AUGUACGACCCGACCUCCACAGUCUCGGCACCCCCGCCGCGUUAUCUGCUCGAGUCCGACAGCUCAGAUGAGGAGGGCCAGGGGCAGUACGGCAUGGAGGGCGUGCGUGCGCCGAAGCUCCGUGUGUCGGCUCCGGAGAUCUCGCUGCGUGCGCUCGGCGAGUUCAAGCCUCCGCUGCAGGUCGAGAACGCCGUCGUUGGCGUAGGUCAGGCAGGAAGCUACCUCCUCAGGAGUACUGGUGGGCGAGCGAAGCCCCUGUUCAGUAUCGAGGCCGAGGGAGAUCGACUCGGCACUGCUGUUCAGCUCGAGGGCGGGGAGCUGCUGGUUGCUGUGAAGGACGGACAGGACUGGGACGUCGUGCGCAAGCUCCUCGACAACGUGCAGGCUACCAGGUGGACGAUCGUAUCGACGUACCUCCCCGCACUUUACAUCCCGGAGGAAGGCGAGGAAGUCAACCAGCCCUCUGUUCGCGCACUUCCUCCGACCGAGGGUAUCGCUAGCUACACGGCACCGAACUACGUGACCGGAACCGCUGGCGCUUUCCUUUCUCUGGCUGCUCACCCGGCGUCGAAGCUCGAUGUGUCUCUGCGCCUACUCCCUCUCCCGCUCAGUGGUCUGCCGCGAACAGCGCUGUCAACGCUGCCGAUUAAGGUCAUGCGGCCGUUGUGGACUGAGGCCGACGACGAGCCCUUCCUCGCGCCGGGCAUGGGCAAGCGGCCGACCGAGACGCGGCAGGAGGACACUGGUGGCAUGUACAUGUAG